AUUAUUUGACAUAGCAAGCUGUUGACAAGUAAUGGAUGCAAUCUAUGCCAAUGCUGAAUGUGGCAAACCUGUUUGCAUUGUUCCUACAACAGGCAGCAAUGGAGAUUCAAGAAGGUCAAAGAGGAGCAUUUAUCUUUGUGUUACAUUCUCUCUGGGGAUCCUGAUGGUUUUGCUGCUGGCUGGCCUCAUUUUCCUUGGCGCAUACUAUCAUAACUCAAACGGCUUAGUUGCAAAUCUCUCAGCUAUCAAAGACAAUCUAACUGAGCGUCUUCAGACCAGCAAUAGCAAACUGGACUCCAUAAGAGAAGAGAGAGACUUGUUGCUUACCAACCUUACUAAAAUAAUGGAAGAGCUCAACAAGCAGAACAGUUUGUCCAAACAGAAAAAGACAUGUCCCACAGGAUGGAAAAUGUUCAGUUGUUCCUGUUACCUCGUCUCUUCUUUGUCUGGUACCUGGGAUAAAGGCCGAGAGGACUGCAAAGACAAAGGUGCCGAUCUAGUGGUGAUAGACACCACUGAAGAACAGAACUUUGUCUCUGGACUUAUUACCAGUAAUACUUGGAUUGGUUUAAGCGAUAGGAAUCAGGAAGGACUCUGGCAAUGGGUGGACAACUCUCCUUUAAGUGUGACGUUCUGGGGUAGAAAUCAACCUGAUAAUGGUGGCGGAGACCCGAAGUGGGGUGAGGAGGACUGUGCACAAUUUUUGGAUUCUCUAACUGUUUGGAACGAUAUUUCAUGUACUACCUCUUUUAAGUGGAUAUGUGAAAAAAUACAAGACACUGUUUAAAUGUUGAGCUACGAGUUACAUUCAACUUUAUGCAUGGCAAUAGUAUUGAACUCAGCUGUCUCGUCCUGUGCAAAAUAUUUUGCUUUACUAAUAUUGUUGCUUAUUAAAAUUAACCAAAAUUAUACUUUACAUGCUAUUUUAAAAUCACUAUCCAUGGUAACAUUUUUGAAAAUCUAACAUGUAUGUACGUAUUUGAAUGUGU